AUGCUAGUCACUGUCUCUGAAAUCAAGCUCUUCUCAGAAUCCUCUCUGAAUGACUACAUAAGAUCAUACAUCACUGUGUUGAUUGAGAGAGGGAGCAGUGUUGCAACAGUGAUGAGAGGAGCAGAGGAAGAACUGAACAUGAACAAACUGACUGGCAGAAGGGAUGACAUCUCACUGCAAGGCACAGCAACUACCACCGCGGCCGUGAGAGAUGCAGAAGAGGGAGGAGAUGUGAUAAUGAGAGCAGUGCUCCCGCGGCUCAUUGAAACCACUGUCUCCACCUUCAACCUGGCUUUCUUGAUGAUCAUGGAGGCUGCAGCUGCAUCAUGA